AUGAGCAGCAAGACGAAGAGUAAGAGUAAUAUUUCCGCCAAGCAGCGGGUGCAGGACCACACAGAUGCGAAACCCCCACAACCCACAAAAGAAAUAACUACUACUACUACUACUACUACUACUACUACUAAUACCAAUACUAAUAUUACUAAUACUAUUACUAGUGUAAACAGUAGUUCGACUGUGAAGAGUAUAUCCACAGCAGCAGCAGCAGCAGGGAGGACGUUGGGUUGUUGUGGGGCUCUUCUUGUGAUUGGCACUUAUCACUCCGUGAUGGCGGGUCUUGUCUUUCGCCGUGAUCGCCUCGCGCUGCUCUUUUCCAUCAAACACCACGAUGGCUGUAUUAACACAAUUGCGGUGGGGGAUAAAUACAUCGCCUCUGCGGGUACAGACGAGCGUGUGUUUCUCUUCACCAAUAAGAAUCAUCAAUCCCACCUUACACCCGCAGAGCGGGCCAAACUACGUGCUGCUGCUGUUGUUAAUACUAACGAUGGGAAUGAUCGUAGUGGUGUGUGUAUGCGUGUGCGGCCGGCGGAUCUUGGUAGUAUUGCCCCACCGAGUGAAGUGCGGUGUUUGCUGCUCACGACGAAUGGGCAGCAGUUGUUGUGUGGAUGUACGGAUGGUCAACUGAUUGUGUACCGCACACGUGAUUGGAGUGUGACGCUGGCUAUUCCACUGCAUGAGAAGUGUGUAAAUGCCAUUGCCGUACACCCAGGCAACAGCCAACAGAAUAAUAAUAACAAUAAGAAUAAUAACAAUAAUAAUAACAAUAAUAAGAAUAAUAAGAAUAAGAAUAACAGCAGUAGUGGAGUGUUGGCUGUUACGGUUGGUUCGGAUCGGCAUGUGGCGGUUGUGGAUCUCGCGCGUGGGCGGCUGCUCAGUAAAUGGCGGUACAACACCCACACAAAUAAUACAGUUAAUAAUAAUAAUAAUAAUAAUAAUAAUGAGAAGAGUGAGGAAGAAGAAGAGGAAAAGCGAACAGUGAAGCGAAUGCGGUUGGAAGUGCGGGAUGAGCCCCACGCGGUGCACUUCUCCCCCAGCGGGUGUUAUUUUGCAAUUCUCGCCCAUCACUCCUUCACGGUGUACGAGACGGCCACCACCCGCCUGCUCACAUUCUAUCAGGAGGCA